AUGCCUGCGCUUAACGUGGCUUUACUAUCGAUACCUCUGCCAGUGUAUCAUACCGUGGAGACUGUAGAUGCUUACAGCGUAGUUUUGCCAAUGCAAGGGCUCAGAAUCAAGAGACAUAUAUGGUGGAGCGAAGUGGACUUGACGCACAUAAAAUUUCAACUGCGCACGGCCUGUUCGAAAUACAUGUACUCUUUAAGGGAUGCUUGGAAACUGCUGAAUAAUUCCGACUUCCAUCCGUAUCGGAAGGUGGUCAUUAUGGUCAGCGGUUGGGCGCAAACAGUAAAUCACUCGGACACCAUCGAUAAAAUGGCGAAAGUGUUUAACUGUCGUGGCGAUGUUAAUUUUUUGGCGCUUGAUAUGGACCAAUACCUGAACACCUUCUACAUUUGGGCUGUACAGAAUACGGACAGUAUUGCCUUAGGUCUAGCUCAGGGCCUUACAAUGUUGAAGGAAGUGAUACUAAUUAGUAAUAUACAACUAAUCGGUCAUAGUUUGGGUGCGCAUAUUGUCGGUCAUGCCGGUCGUUAUUUCACGGAGAGGACGGGCGAAAAGUUACCAUACAUCACGGGUUUGGAUCCGGCGAAGUAA